AUGUUCAUCUAUGAGGAGGUGCCGAGCAAGGCUACCUGGAGUUUCGGGACGGCAACGCUGCUAUCGAGCACGGCACAUCUGGCGUCCAAGACAUUUUCAGCAGUGACGGCAAGACGCGCGAAAUCUUGCUUGAAGGGCGCACCCGAGAAGCAGGGUAAUGAAAAGGGCCACGCUAGCAUCAAGUUGCCGGCCAACUCUCGCAGAAGCUCUUAUGCACGCUCGGACCAAGAAUCCCGUGUGCGCCCAGGUAUCGCGUCUCGACAACAGAGCAUUGCUGCCAGCAGGGUCAGCAGCAAGGCGCUGAGUAGGCGCAACAGCGAAACGGCCUGA